CUCUUUCUCUCUCUUCCGAAAAAGAAAACGGAAAUCAAAACCUCCACUUUCUCUCUCUACUGCAGCAACAGAAGAAUGGCGGCGACCACCAGGAGAAGCGCCCUCCCCGGGCCGAGCGGGCCGGUGCUCCGCCCCCUCUACCCCUACGGCCGCUUCCACGCGCCGCCGCCGUCCCGCUACGCCUCCGCCUCCUCCUUCGCCUCCUCCUCCUCCUCCACCUUCGCCUCCCGCGCCUCCGCCGCCGCCUCCGCCACCUCCUUCUUCCGCCGAUCCGCCUCCCCGACGCGCGUCAACCUCCACUCCCCCGCGCAGCCCUCCCCUUCCAUCCGCUUCGCCCUCGACCGCCCGACCUCCCCCAGCCGGUCGAUCUCCGUCUCGCAGCAGCGCGGCGGCGGCGGAGGAGGGCAGUUCGUCCGGUCGAGCGGCCAGAAGCCGGCGCCGCGGCGGACCUGCAUGUGCUCGCCGACGACGCAUCCCGGCUCGUUCCGCUGCAGCCUGCACAAGGGCUGCGGAUCCCCGAGCGCGGGCGCUGGCUACGCUCCGAACCGGCUGAACGCGAGGAGGUCCGCGAUGACGAACUCGCUGGUGAGGAUCGGGGGCGUCGAGGGCGACCUGGUGAGGAGAGCGCUGUCCGCACUGAUCAGGCCGUCGUCGCACCAGCAGAGGCGGAGGUCCGCGUUCCAGCCGCGCCCGAGCCGGCUCUCGGUCAUGUCCAAGGCGGCGGCGGAGGAGCACUCGUGAUGGAAAGCCGCGGUGAUGAUUUCUGAGCCUGAUUUUGUCCGAUCCGACUGCGGAUCCACACGCACGCAACCUCAGUAAGAGCUCGUGCCGCAGCGCCAUCCGAGGGAAGGGAGGUUCCAACGACGGCGGCGCAGAUCUGAGCUGCUGCGGCGGACGGAGGUUUUUGUGUACUCCGGCGACCGCAACCGCCGCCGAAGAAGAUCCGAUCCGAUGCAGGAGAUCUUCAAAAACUGAAUAUACGAUUGUGUAAAUAAAGGCAAAUAUAUAAUCAAUACUUCUCUCGACUAAAUUCAAUCAGAUUUUGGAUCA